GAGAGAUUUAGGGAGUCUUUUCCUAUUUGAUUGAUUGGCAAAGGAUGGCUGUGAAUCUUAGCUGGGCCUUAACCUCUGCCCUGUUCCUAGCUGCCACCACUGCUGGAUUUAGUGAGAAAGGACUCAAGCAAAUAUUGCUGGAGAAACUGAAACUUCCAGAUGUCCCUGCUCUCCAGAUGACUGACCUGGAAAAUCUAGUGAUUCCAGAGAAUAUAAGGAAUAAAUACAUGUCCAUGCUGGAGCGGCACCGAGUGAAACGAAGAGCAUUGCCAAGUUUAGCUGGGAUCUUGAGAGGAGUUCCAGGCAACGCAGAUAUCUCAGGAGACAUUCUCUAUUCAGACACCACCCGUCAGAACCUGAUCUUCGACAUGGAGGGCAGGAUUCCAGAAAACAGUGAAGUCACCAUGGCUGAACUGAAGCUUUUCAAAAAGCCCCUGGACAAGAAACAUCUGCCCAGCAGGCAGUCACAAAGGCCAGUCAUGAAUGCAAGGGUGACUGUGUACUGGGUGCAACUUCAAGAUAAUGGCACUAACCGGACCUCUUUAAUUGAUUCCAGAUUAAUUCCCAUUAUGGAGUCUGGCUGGAGGAAUUUUGAUGUUACUCAGGCUGUACAUUUCUGGCUGAAAACAAAAGCCUCUGGACCAAUGCUCCUGGAGAUUUGGAUCGAAGGAGAAAGAUUAGGCAGCUAUGCCUCUGAAAUGGCCAAAGUUGUGCGUUUUACAUCACAGGACCCUUCAGAUAAGGCACUAGGCAAACCAGAGUUGGUCCUUUACACUCUUAACUUGGAAGAAUAUGGAGGACCUGGGGACUGUGGAGAAGGAAGCACGAUGGAGAGGUCUACCUGCUGCCGGCAAGAACAUUAUAUCAAUUUCCGUGAGUUGACCUGGACUCAGUACUGGAUUAUUGAGCCAGCUGGCUAUCAAGCUUACCAUUGUAUGGGCAGCUGCUGGCAGCCGAAGAAUUUGCUGCAUCAUUUUGGCUAUGGAGAGAGAUCCUGUGCUGUGGUGGAGAGUUCUCCUCUUCCCAUGAUGUAUCUUGUCAAAAAGGGAAACUACACAGAAAUUGAAGUGGCAGAGUUUCCUAAUAUGAUUGUAGAAAAAUGUGGCUGUAUAAUGGACAAUAUAGCUGUGAUCUAAUAAACGUUCACAACUGGUCAGUUACAAGAAAAUCUUUUUCUGCUUCAGCACAAUAACUGCAAUCGUUAAUACUUAUUGCUCAGAAUCCAAACCACGUGUGGCAUAUUGAAUCUAGCUGCUAAUCUUGUAGACCCAUUCAUUGCACAAUUCCAAAAUCUCUUUUGGGGCAACGCUUGGAUUAGGCAGCUUCAAAGAUAUAAACUUUUUAUAGAUCUUCAGAUUUCUUCAUGAGGCAAGAUGCUAGAAAAAAUGAAUGGAACUGGAGAGAAGGAAAAUUAAACGAAAGCUUUGCCUGAUCAGAGUUUAAUGGAAUGUAGAAGAUGGAAAUAUUCAAGCUGAGCUCUUUCUGGGUUAUUGAUCUUUAGGUUCCUUCAGAAUUGCUCCUUAGAUGGCUGGUACAAAGAAGCAAGCAAGUGAUUGUUCCCAGAUGUACAGUAAAUACUAUUGCAGCUGUUAUCAGAAUUGGUUCAACUUCAGAUUGGUUUAAUUCCACCAAAUAACAGUAUUCAGAAGAAGAUACAGUUUAACUGAAUUUUGACAGAGGCUAUAGUUUCCUAGGGAGAGCUGCUGUCCUGUUGCAGAGCAGAUUAUUAAUGUUAAUGUAAAACUGUUAGUAUUGGGACAAGAUUGGAGACAGAUGGGUCUUUUACUUUAUAGCUCUUGCAUUUGUAUUAACAAGGGCAAGGGUAUACUCUCCCACCAGACUCUCCUGAACGAUCUUUGUCAGAAAAGAUCAGAUCCUAAGCGCCAGAAGACAAGUUUACCUGUGUUGUCCUACAUACAGUAUGAUUUUCUCCCAUUGAUAUGAAUGGCAGCUAUUCAUUUCCUAUAAGAAGAGUAAAGGAGCAUUUCAAGAAUACCAAAAGAGUAGAUGUUGGAAUCUAUAUGUUCUUAGUAAUGGAGAAUCACAACGGAUAUCACCCAUAAGCUUCCUUCCUUUCAUCUCUUACCUUUAACAUGAUUUUAUAUCAUGUUUAAAAAUUGACCCAGAAUUGUAUUGCCUUCUAUAAGACAAGAUCUUUUUAUACAGUACCAGAUAUACCAAAACUAACCACCUUAUGUUUGUUCUGAGGGGUUUAUGUUGGCUAUCAGUUUGUUUCCAACUGAGAUCUGCAGUGCUAUUUAUUACCUUUAAAGCUGGAGAUUAUUUGUGUUUAUACUACAAGAAAGAACAGUGCUUGUGGGAAGAUCUCUUCCUCACUCACUAAGGUAAUCUGAAGAGACUACCUACAUCAAGCUACUCAGUUUCAUUGGGCAGCAUCCCAUAAGGUACUCUUCAUUAAGAAAUGUCUCUCUUUAAAUGGAUGUUUAAUAUUUAUUAUUAUAAUAAUAAUUAAUUUUAAUAGUCUUUGUUUUAUAUUUUUUACUGUAUAUCCAUAUAAAUUUCUUAAAUAAAUAAAUGUCACAGACAGACCUCAAUAGUUAUGGCAUCUAGUAUUUAAAGUCCAACUGAUUUUAUAGGAAGAAUUAAAUCUUUACUUACCUCUUUCUGGCUGUAGUCAAUGAGACAACACUAUUCAAUGUUGGCUAAGUAAGGACAAAGAUAUGCUCAGUAUGAAAUAUAAUUAACUACAAAUCAAACUACAGUUGAACAGAGAGCUGAGUUUUCUAUCUGAUUCAUAAUCAGUAACUAUAAUAACAAGCACUUAUCUGUAAAUAAUGCAGAAUUCAUGUAUGUGUCUUCUUAGAAACCAAUAUGUGUUAUCUCGGCAAAGCAUAUUUUUUAAAAAAAAGAAAAAUGUGUCCAAUUUUGCAUAAGCACACUGCCUCUCAGUCCCUGCUGCUCAUUAAAGAAGCCCAACAUUUCCCCCCUACUGAAAAUAAAGGUGCAGAUGAUUUUAAGAGACAACUUAUUACUGUGUCUUUUUUAAGGCUUGCACAGAAGGUUGAAACAGGUUGAAACAGCUAUGCUACUUUAAUGAAUAGCAGAGCUAUGCUCUCUUGAGAUCCUGAGUAUUUCUGAAUUAUUGUUGGACUGUGCACAGUCCGGGUGCUUAAUAACUAAACAUAGAACCAUAAAUACUAUGUGAGACAUGUAAAAAAAUAUUUGCUUAAGCAUGUUUU